AUUGCAGCAUCUGCAAACUGCCUUUAUCAGAUCAAAACAUUUGAAUUUCGAAGCAAGAUCGCCGACCGCCAACCAGUACCUGUUUGACUUUCGUAACCUGUGUACGCGCCUCUCGUUGCGCCAUAUAUCGCGUAAUACGACUCGAUAUUUUUAAAACAAUUUUUUUUCUUGUGUUAUGUACAAAACAUGAAGAUACAGUGAUUGUGGAGUGAUAAAAAAGGGGUUUUCCGGUUUCGUCUGCAAUUGAUGCGGGGUCCCAACCCCGUGCGGCGCGAUGGCGGGCGCUCAGCAACUUCGGCUGCUGUUGUGGAAGGACUACCUUAUACGGAAACGGAAACUGAUAACCCUCAUUGGUGUAGCAUGGGCCGUCGCUGUCAUGUUAAGUUUGUAUAUAGUGAGAAUAAACGUAGAUAACCAAGACUUUCCCACGUGUUCAUUCCCAGCGCGAGCGUUGCCCAGCGCUGGGCUUCUAACGUUCCUACAAUCAUUUAUAUGCGGCGUCAACAAUGAGUGUUUGCCGAUGGACCAGUUCGAGGAAAUACCCACUUACGAAGAUUCCAAAUUGACACAACUGCAAAGGAAGUUCUCACCCCUGCUGUACAACGAGACAGUGCUAGUGACAGCAGGGACGGUGCCGGACGCCUUAAAGCUGCUGUCCACAUUGUCCGACAUAGCAGACCAACCUACCUUCGUUGAUAUUAGCAAAAAUGGUUUAAGAGUUGAAGACCUAUUCAAAAGGCCAGAAAGGACGAAAAGGACAAUAGCUGUAGAGUUAGACCUUCCAGAUGAAGUGGUGGAUGGACUCAUGUCAUCAGAUAUCAAUUUUCAAGGCGUAUUCAAAGGAGCAUUAGACAGAUGCAGUGCACAAUCUAUAUCAAACAUUAUAAAUAUGACAGAUGAUAAACAAAUAGGUAUUUUAGUUGAAAAAUUAUGUACUCUAUCAGACGACCAGUUGCAGAAAAUAGCUGUUAAAUUAUUAAUGGAAGUGAAUUUUGAAAAAUACAUUGCAAUGGCAGGCGAAAUGUACUUCAAAUUGUCAGGAGACAGCAGGCUGUCUCGACUGGGCAACACUUUAUCUGCACUGCUUCAUAUGCUUAAGAUCGAGAGUUUCUUGCCUCCAGAAUUAGUAGAUUUGUUUUUGGGAGCAGACAAUGAUUUUAGUUAUUUUAAUUUGACUAUCAUACCAAAGAUAUUGGAAAUCUUCGAGCCGACAUUCGGGGAUACACAAGUUUUCAGAACCAUAAAUGAUUUGAGUGCACCAUUAAUCACAGGAGUGCAAUAUUUAGAUAGAAUAAUAAAACCAUCGACAAGCAGUGUGGUUGACGAUUUAAGAGUGAAGAAAAAUGGGACGAGGUCUAUGGCAUCUGCCGAAGUUGUUUUAAAACGAGCUGUGACGGUUAUCGCCGAUACUGCUACUAAUACUUCUGAUGGAGUGUUCAAUGGGAUAGCUCAAAUAACCAAACUAAUAUACAAGUUUCUACCAGAAGAUUUGAAAUUCGAAGUAUCCUUCUACACGACACUGUUUGCGAAGCUAAUGGAAGGAGCUCUGAAAGUCAUCAAUAUAAAUACUCACAUUCAGCAGAUGGCAUAUGACGUCUCCUUGAGGAACGCCGCCGGUGUUAAAGUGUUGACUAGUCUGCCUGCUGUCGUUGUGGGCAAAGGGUUUGAUGCUUUGGCUGAUGCUGAGCGUACUCAGAUUCUGACAUCAAAACUGAAUUAUCCCGGUCAAAUGUUCUGCGACAACGGUAGAAUCGCGGAAUUCUUCUGGGUCUCGAAGGACGAAGCUGAUGGAUUGAAGAAAAAGCUGUGUACCAACGCAUGGAAAGAUUACAUCACAGACCUGAUCAAGUCUUUCGGCAUUUACGAAGUUAGAGACAAUAUAAAUGUUAUGGCAUCUCUAGUCAUACAAAGAACAUUAGGCAAAGAUGUUUCUGAGCAGAUGUAUUCUCUAGACAAAACGAUUGACGUCAUCAAGAACUUUACCAACGGUCUGAUAGGAAUGAAUGAGGUGGAGAAACUCGACGUUGAUUGGCUCAAACUGUUUAAUGUCACUGAAGAAUCGGAUUUUGUGAAAGUUGUUAGAGAAAAGGGACAUCUUGGAAAACAAAUGUUAAUCACAGUCCACGGCGCUUUAGCUAAAGAAGUAGUAAAACAGAAUGCGUUACUGGAGUUCAAAAUAUCGCCAACUUUGAUAGACAUUACCACUAUAGUAGAAGCUAUGAAUGAAGAACUGGCGUUAAUGCCUGUGGAACUGAUUGCCAGGCUGAAGAAGCUUUACCCUUAUAUUUUGCAGACAAUGUUGUUGACUAUGCUUAAUGAAUAUAAGACUUACAAAUGCCUCUCAACUCCAUCGGAAGACAUUCUAUGCAAUGGAAACAAAACCUUAUCUUCCGCAUCACAGUAUUUAGAGUUUCCAACGGGUGCUGACGACGAUCUAGUCUCAACUUUGUGCGACACGUCUGUAGUCAUCGAAAAUGGUUUAAAAAGUGAUUCUGUUAUUGCUAAAGCUAUAGUGAAAGUAACUAACUCGUCUCAUAGUCCUCUAGAGUCGAUCAACUGGACGAAACUGAUCAACAACGUAAAGAAUUUAUACACAAAGUUGCAUACAGACUUGCCAUAUCUAUUUGAAUACAAGACGUAUGGAAUGGAUGAGGCUCUGAAGGCGAAAGUAAAGCUCUUGGUAGAGGAAGCAAAAGUCUUUUGGUUCAGUUGGAACCAUAUGGAUAGAAGUGUUCAUUUGAGUCUCAAGCUACUCUUCAGAGUCUUAGAUUUGAUGGAUCAUGAGAUUUUCAGCAUCACAGAUCAGAUCUGGAUCAAGAUCAAACAAGUUCUCAGUGCUACUACUGGACCUUUUAAUAUUAUAACAGACAUUAUUGAAGAUGUAAAUGCACUCAUCAACAAAACAGAAUCAUACACAUCCAAGCUGCCAAGCAAAACGUUCGAAGCUCUAAGCGCCAUCGCACCUAACAUCCCACUUGUGAUAGUAGACGCGGCCAAUAUCAUUGUAAAUGAUGAUACUGAUACAGCACCAAUAAUUUCUUUAAUGAACGCCGACCCUCCCUGGCCGUGUUCCACCACCAGCAUAUCUGAACAUCUGACCUUGAGCGACCUUUCGAAGAAGGCGAUCAAAGGCGUGGAGACACUGGUCUGCUUGGACACGGAGCUACAACAACAAUGGAGGGAUUAUAUUAAUAUUACGACUAUUAAUGAAAGUAGUCCACACAUAUUCCUGAAAUUUUCCUCUGUCUUCGACUCCCUGAUCUUCGACGUCAGUUCCCUGCAUCACACCCUGGCGGACGUCUUCAAUGACAGCUCGGCAGUCAAUGGCGAUAUGAAUGUGGUGGUUGCGUGGAAGUAUGCCGUUGAGGCUGUUAAUGCUACAGACAAGAAUGUUACUUUUGGAAACUUCUUCAGCAAACUCGACACAGUCCUCAUCGCCAUCAACACGUCUUUCACCAACCAGUCCACAAACGCUAUUUGGGAGGAUUACAUCAAAUGUAGCAAUGGGACUUUGAUAGCUGAUGAUUGUAAGAUGGUGGGUCGAGGCGCUUGGAAAUAUACAUUGCAGUCUUUAUCAGUGGCUUUGGAGAACAUGGCUGAUGAUCUAAUGACGUACUUUACGGAAGCUAAUGAGCCGGAGUCCAACCUGCUUCAACUACUUGGCUUCACCAGGAGAACUGGCCUUUACAUUCUGUACGACAAGCUUCCACAGUUUGUUGGCACUUUGAUCAAUUCCUACUGGGAUUAUGGAUUUAUGAGUCAGAUUCGCCGAGCAUCGCUGUCCGAAUUCUGGGAUUGCGAAGUAGUUAUCGAAUCCCUGAUCCCUCUCCCCGGCACCGGUAUAGAUACCGCAACUAUAGAGAAAGUCAAACCGUUUGUCUGUCCGUCGCUAUUGCACUGGAUAUCCCUACCGAGAGGAGAUAAUACUCUACUUGAUGUCGUCGCUAAACCACAAUACUACUUCUUCACGUUACCAGUACAAAACCUAACCAGCAGUUACAAAAACGCAUUUAUCAAAGCAACAGAACUAACUAAUCUACUUUUAGAUAUAGCCAAAAGGAACGAAACUCUUAUCACUGAAGAUAACGUCAAAAUAAACAGCAUACAGGAAAAGCUUAGAAAAAAUGUAGACUCCAUUUUGAAUUACAAAAUCAACGCGUCUGAUCCAUCUUAUAGAUUAUACGCUGAAUUAAAUAGAAAACAGUUUUAUUCAAUGACUUAUUUGAUAAGAAUUGUUGCAACAAUUAACAAAAUGUCAACAAAAUUAGAGAAUCUAAAGGUUGAUGAUAUAAAAACUGAUGAAAAUGGAGAUGAUUUGAAGAAACUUGAUAAAGAACUAUAUACUGUACAAAAAACAUUUAAAAGGAGGCCGACCGACGCUAUUGCGUUGCAUUUCGAUCUGUUAACUGAUAUUGCAUACAGAAAUGAUGAAAAUUUUAAGAUUGUGAAUGCUUUAGAUGAAACAUGUAAUAAUUUGAAAAACAAUAAAACCAAUAAUGAUAUUUUGAAUGAAGGAGAUAGAUUAAAAUCGCAGAUUUGUGCUAAAAACUAUAGAUUAAUAUAUGGUGCCUUAGAGGAUAUUAUAACCAAAGAUAUUGGAGGUAUUAGACAAACUUUAAUUAACCUUCGCAAUGUAUUACAAAAUGGAAAUAUAGAGGAAGUUCGUAUCUCAGAAUUUUUAAACCAAAGAAAAAACGUGGUGAAAACUUUAAAAUCCUCAAUUAAGCACGCCUACGACUUCGGCAUUGCAAUAUAUCUGAAAUAUCUACAGAAUAGUCUGGAAAAUUAUAACAUUAUUCUGUAUUUCCUGUCUGGAGAAGACUGGUGGGCGGCGUUGAGAAAUUUGUAUAACGGACCACAUGCAACCAAGUUUUUGGAUACCGUUGAAAUGAGUUGUGAAAUCGCUGCGGAUAUGUUGACGAAGCUUGAUAAGAUACACUUAGUCCGUCUUCUCCGCGACAUCGACGUGAACAGCACCACAUCAUUCUGCCGGCCAAACGUGACGCUCUCCGACUACAUACCGGAUAGUGCGGGAGCACUGUCGAGCUUGAAACAGCGCGUGUGUGACACCGAUAGAACUGAGAUCUUUAGGGAAAUACCACCGCUUGUUUUUGCAUCACAAGGAUAUGAUAGCGAUCUAAAACUAUCGAAAGAAGUCGACUACACGGCUGUUGACGCUGCUACAAUCAAAACAGAAGCUAACCUAGAGAAAAUAAAAAAUGGACCAAAAUCUCCUCAAAGACCGAGCUGGGUGGACGAUGAGAAGAUAGUGAAGUUGAGGAAUGUUGCUGUACAGCUUUUAUCUAAAGAAUCCUUGACCAAGAUCGCUUUUGGUGUGAUCGGGAAUGUUGUUGAUGGAUCUACACUGUUUUUGAAUAGCAGUCAAUGCGUAUUCUGUUCCGAGUUCACAACUUGGUUCAAGCAGAUCAACCUGCAACUGAUCAAGAAGCAAGAAUACGACAAUCUGCUCUGCCAUCUCCCGACCAUGCCGUUGGAGGAACUGCAUAAUACCCUCAAGAACGAAUUCCAUUGGGACAUGGCUAUCAGAGAGCUAAUAUCAUCGCGGAACUACACGAAGUACGAAAUGAACAAAUCUGUCAACGAAAUGCUGGAGCAAAUCAAGCUGCAUCUGAUGGGAGACCUGACCUUUAACUCCAGCAAGCUGGUCGAGUGUCUGGCGAGGAACGUUAGCAGGAAUGGGUUCGGAAAUGCUACUAUAUUCCUGUCAGUACUAGCACACACAACCAGACUGAUUCGAGCUGAACUACCUCAUUUUCACGAAGUCGACGGCCUCAGAGAUGUACCAUACUUGAAGAAAUUGGCGUCCGAAGUGGCACAUAAGUUGGAUGUUCUAGUGCCGCUCAAAAAUUACCUGAUGAAGGAUAAUGACUUAGCACAAAAUCUGGGUGAAGUGAUACAGAGUGAUUUGGUUAAGGAUAUCGAAGAGUGUGAUGUUAAUUUACGUUUGAUUGGUAACUAUACACAAGCCCCAGUAAGAAGGUACGUCCAUCUAUCAAGCCAUGACUGGGAUGACGUUUGUAAAAAGGUCGAUUGUGCUGCCCUCUCUGAUAUCGUGUACAAAAAUAUUAACAAAACUUUGGCUAAUAAGGAUCUACGAAGACUUCAGUCCGAAGAAUACUGGCGCUUCACCUUCGUGUCCAAUAUUCUCCAUCACAUGGAGAACAUUAUCCACCACGCUAGCCGUCUACUCGGCGCAGCCAGCAAGCUGGAUAUCACGGGGACGUUGGAAGGCCGACUAGCUUCAGUGAUUGAUCUGAUGAUGGAAAUACUUGGCGAUGACAUUCUGAAUGGGAUUGUGUAUAGUAUACAAGGAAUACGAGAAGAAUUACGUCCGAUCCUGCAUGAAACUCCUCUGGAAGUCGACCUGGAUGCAGUUACCCAAGGUCUGGUCAUCAUACAAGAAAUGAAGAAGCAGAUGGUGGAGAAAGAUGAGCUUAAAGUGGAAGUGUCAACCCUGUUCUCCGACCCUGAGCGGUUGGAGACAGCCCUGAGCAGAAUCGGUAUAAACAACACCAACUUUUGGUCCAUCGCCGCGCCGCGCAUACAUGCUGGACAUCUCACAUUUAAACCGAUCUUCUCCAACCAAGAUGAAUACCACAUCUCACGGUUCGUCUGCCAGCCGGACUGGAUGGAAAAGGUCAUUCACCCCGCGAACUUGGACGUGGUGACGUCAGAGGACGUCCACGCGGCAGUGGUGGACCAGUUCUGUCAGCUAUCUGAUGUGCAGGCGAAGAAAGCCAUCGUAGCUAUUGUGCAGAAUUUAAAUUACAGCUUUAUAAUCGAGAAGGUAAAAAAUAUCCUCCUAAUCAAGCUGUACACCGCAUCGCACCUCACCGAAGCCGAGGGGGCCAACGUCCUCACCAGCCUACCACAAAUGGCUGCCCUGUUGCCGACUAUUCAGAACAGCGUGGGCGACCUCAGCGACACGUUGGCUAAGGAACUUCUGUUCCAGCAGUUGAAGGACUUCAGCUCCGUUGGAAAUCUAUUGGCUUCAUCAGAGUUCAUGUCGAGCGCGGGCAAAAUGAUCUGCGGUAAGCCGUUCUACGCCAACGUGAACCGGUUCUACAAGACCGUGGCACAGACCAAGGACUUCUCCAACCAGCCGGAACAAGCGCAAUUAGACGUGUUACCUACCGACUUUUGCCGUUCGCUGUACUCGGACAUCAUCAACGUACAGGGCGGUAAGAUCGUGUGGAGCUUCGUGAAGCCAUUGCUGAUGGGGAAGAUUCUGUACACUCCAGACACACCCAUAGUACAGAAGAUAAUACAGAAGGCAAACGAAUCCUUCGCACACAUGACCAAGCUCACAGGCCUCGUCCACUCAUUCGCGAAAUCCUUCUCUUCCGUGGAUAAACUGUCCCAACACAGAGAAGGUGUCGCCGCGCUGCAGAAUAUCAUCAAUAACCCUGGCUUGGCCGAGUUGAAGAGCACCCUUAUUGGAGACAUGGAAUUGCCGGAUAUGGACGUGGAGGGACUAUUUGAUGACUUUGGAGAUUUGAAGGGUAUCGGUAACCUGCUUACCAAGGCGUCAGACUUACUGCAGUGCAUCAACCUGAACCGGUUCCACCCCACCCCUGAUGAGUACGAGCUCACGCACGCCGCUGCUAAACUUAGCGGCGUCAAUGAGUUCUCAGCUGGUCUAGUCUUCUUGAACGCGAACAAACACACGGACAAUAUGAACAACAUCGAAUACAAAAUCAGAAUGGACAUUGACAACGUGCCUACCACUGCGAGGCUGAGGAACUACAUGUGGACACCGGGUCCCGAGGCAAGUUUCCUCGAAGACAUGCGCUACUUCCGCGGAUUCAUACAGAUACAAGACUUGGUAGACCGUGCUAUCAUAGACUUGGCUCAGAACAAGUCCAGAACGAAGAGGGAAGUGAAGGAAGACAUGAAGUGGGCAGUCUACAUGCAGCAGACACCGUACCCUUGUUAUAGGAAGGAUUUCUUCCAGACCUCGGUAUAUGAAUCACAGGCACUGCUGGUUACCUUCUUCUUCUCUCUGCUGUAUACCGUGGCUUCGGCUGUGCGGUUCAUGGUGGCAGACAAGGAGUCUGGAAAUACCAUGCUCAUGUCGGUGAUGGGCGUGGACCUGACCUACCACACGCUGUCCUGGUUCAUCGCCUCCUUCAUAGAGAUGACGAUAACUGUAGCCUGCGUCUCUGGUGUUCUGUGGCUCGGGGGAAUAUUGCCGAGGACUGCGCCCAGCCUUAUAUUCACCAUAUUGUUUGUGUUCGGUGUUGCCGUGUUAUGCUUUUGCUACAUGAUCUCGAAGCUGUUCUCGACGGCGAGUCUCGGCGCUGUGUGUUCCGCCAUCUUGUAUCUGGUGACUUUCAUGCCGAUCGUUUUGGUGUUGUCCCUGGAAGCUGUCAUGUCCAGCCAGUACAAGAUAUUAGUGUGUCUCUCAAUGUCUUCAGCUCUAUGCUACUCCUUCCUUUACAUCGCCCGGUACGAAGCCAUGGGCGUCGGCGCCGGCUGGGCGCAGCUUUGGGCCGCGCCGGUGGCGGACGGCGAGGACAUGAGCAUUGGAAUAGCUGCUUCCAUGUUGAUUGUCGAUGCUCUGUUGUAUUUGGCUAUUGGCUGGCUCAUUGAUAGAUUCUUUGGUCCAAAAACCCUACGCAGCAGCAUAACUCAAUGCGUGACGUCCGGCGAGAAGGCGGGCGUCAGCAUCCUCAACAUCACCAAGAUCUACAACGAAGGAUCUCGAAGCCAGAAGCUUGCGCUGGACAACGUUUCUGUGGAGCUUCACAAAGGCCAGAUCACGACGCUGUUAGGACAUAAUGGUGCUGGAAAGACUACACUUAUCAAUAUUCUGACUGGUAUGCUGAAGCCGACAAAGGGACACGUGACCGUCAGGUCUGAACACCCCAGCGGCACACGUCUGGGAGUGUGCCCGCAGAAGGACGUACUGUUCGAGUACAUGACCGCGAGAGAACACGUCACACUCUAUGCGAUGCUCAACUCCCAUUCACCUAAGGACAGGGUUGCUCAAGAAAUUGAUAACAUGCUGCAAGUACUGUCGCUAGGUUCAGUGUCGGCGACCCCUGUCUGUCGGCUGUCGGGCGGCACGCGGCGGCGCGUGUGCGUGGGGCUGGCGUUCGUGGGGAACCCCCACCUGGUGGUGCUGGACGAACCCACGGCUGGGGUCGACCCCGCUGCGAGGCGCGACAUUUGGUCCAUGAUAGUGAAGCUAAAAGAGGACAGGACGAUAUUGCUGACCACUCACCACUUGGACGAAGCUGAGCUGCUCAGUGAUCAAAUUGUUAUAAUGCAUAAGGGUCAAAUCCACACCACCGGCUCCCCAAUCGAGAUCAAACGCACCCUCGGAACGGGGUACAAGCUUAACGUCAUCUACCCCAAGAAAGAAGACAUUUCCGAAGACGAGGAAGUCUCUAUCGAGGAGAAGACUAAACAGCUGUUGACUUUGGUCCGAGAUGUGAUAAAAAAUGCCGCGCUGGUCGAUGUGAAUGGUGUGGAGGUGGAGAUUGCGUUGCCAUUCUUUGAUGCUCACGGCUUGAACAACAACUUCCUGCAACUAUGUGCUGUGCUGGAAGGCGCCCAGACUGCGCUAGGCUUCAAGAGCUACAGCCUCGACUGCAGCAGUCUGGAACAAGUGUUCUUCAACAUCUGCGACCAAGUCGACUCGCAGCCGCAUCCUAUUGAAUAUAUGCCAGAAGACACUCCAUCCAAGAGUGCUUCCAGUUCGAGCAUCAGGAAUGACAACGCCCAACUGGUAGAAGGCGAUGGGCCAUUGAAAGGCACACCAUGGCGACAAUUUCUGGCUUUGUUACAUGCAAGAUAUAUCCAUUAUACACGAAACAGGUGGCUUCUAUUCCUGCUAAUCAUAUUGCCGUCUCUCUUCGUGACCACCGCCAUGGCAUUCUCCACCAUCCGCCCGCCAGUUGACAAUGAAACAGCUUUGAAACUACACUCGAGUCUUUACGGAAACACCACUGAGUUCUUAAUAUCAUAUCCAUCGGUGCAUUCAAAGAAUGUGGAUCCGUCAUUCGCCCAGCAUGUCAUGGAUACUUUGAAGUUGGACAAGGAGACCAAAAACUGGACCAAUCAGGAAACUCCAACGUGCAAAUGUGGUGAAACCCGUCAAGAAUGUAACAUCACAAACUUGCAUAUAACGCGGCCUCAGAUGAUGAUCCUGCCAAAUCUGAAUGUCACCAACGAUUGGCUUGUCAAGUCUCAGGAACUUUACAUGGAAAAAAGAUACGGCGGAUUCUCCGCAGCCCUCAAAAACAACAUGACUGCCCUAAUAGCCUGGUAUAACAACAAAGGUCACCAUGCUAUGCCAUCAUUCCUCAGCGCACUCAACUCGGCAGCGUUGAAGACCAUAGCUGGUGACAGUGCGUCUAUCACCACGUACUCUCACCCUAUGAAGAUAUCUAAAGAGCAGAUAUCAAAGGAUACAGUCUACCAACACGUGGCGGACGCCGGCAUAUCAGCCCUGGUUCUCAUCGCCUACAGCCUCGUCAGCGCUGGAUCCGCCAUUUAUUUGGUCAAUUCAAGAGUCACGCAGCAAAAACGACUGCAUUACUUGUGUGGAGUCACACCAGCCAUGUAUUGGGGUGUGGCGUUGACCUGGGACAUGAUUAUAAUAGCGAUCAACAUGGUGAUUACGGCUGUAGUUAUGGAAGCGUUCCAUUUCCCAGUAUUCGUGUCCAAGAGUAACCUUCCUGCCAUCUGCGUGCUGAUAUUGCUGUUCGGGUACGCGUGCGGCAAUCUCGUGCACCUAGCCGAGAAGUUGUUCUUGGACUCCAGCAUGGCCAACAUGAUUCUUUUCUGUGGUAACACCUUCCUUGGAUUAUCUGGGAUCGCUUUGCUGCUCAUACUGGACAUUAUCUCCGAGUCGGAGGCCACAGACGACGCCCGCUGGGUGCUUCACAAGAUAUUCCUAAUAUCACCGCAGUUCGCGCUCGGAGAUGGUUUACUGGAGAUCGCUAAGAACACAAUUCAAGCACAGGUGCUCGGGCGCUUCGGCAUGGAUACCUACCGGGACCCGUUCAACAGUAAUCUUAUAGCCCUCCACUGCGCUGCGAUGGUUUUGGUCGGAACCUUCUUGUUCUUCCUCAACUUGGCUGUCGAAUACGAUUAUUUUGAGAGAAUACUCGUCAGAUUACGCAAAGAAUCAAUACCGACCUCUACCGUAGAAAUGGAGCAAGUAGAAGUGACGGCCGAGCGACGCCGCGUGCAGGACGCUAUCAGCCAAGCGAGCGCGCCCGUCAGGUUGCGAACCAUCGGAAAUAUUAACGCCGGUUUCGUAGACACAGAAGACGAAACAAAAACAUCAACGAAACGAAUGGUGACAGUUGAUGCGGACGUCGCCGCGUGCGUGGGUCUGGGCAAAGUGUACCCAGCGCUGGGGAAACCCAGGGUCGCUGUCAGGGCGCUCACACUUGGCUUCCCGGCUGGACAGUGCACAGCAUUGCUCGGGCAAAAUGGCGCUGGCAAAUCCACAACAUUCGCCAUGCUGACCGGGGAGGUGCGGCCUAGCCGCGGACAGAUCUACUUCCACGGGCAAGCUGUGAAUGCCCGCCAGCUGACCACAGGACAUAUCAGUUACUGCCCUCAGAGCGACGCCAUAGAUCCCCUGAUGACGGUGAGGGAAACCCUCGUCAUGUACUGCAGGCUGCGCGGCAUUGCCGAACAAGACGAUGUAAUACGGCGGACGUUGGACACGUUCUCGCUGAGCCGCUACGUGCGCGUGCGCAGCGGCGCUCUGAGCGGCGGCAACAAGCGGAAACUCUGCGCCGCCAUCGCCAUGAUGGGCCGCAAUCAGCUCGUGUUGCUGGAUGAACCCACCAGCGGCAUGGACCCAGUAUCACGCUCGUGCGUGUGGCGCGGCGUCGCGCGCGCGUGCCACUCGCGCCGGAGCGUAGUCCUCAGCACGCAUGCGCUCAGCGACGCGCGCCGAUUGGCUGCGAGAGUGGCCUUGAUGAGGAAGGGAGAUUUGGCCGUCGUUGCCGAUCUCGAGACGUGUCUUGAUAGGUUCGGCGGAGGCUACAUUGUGCAAUUCGUGUGCCGCGACAGCCGGUCCCCGCGCGCGCUGUGGCGGCGAGUGGCGGCCGCAGCGCCCCAGGCCUCGCUCAGGGUGCUGCACCACGCCACGGUGCAUUUCCUUAUGCCCAAUCAUUGUAUCGUGGGGAAGAAAGAAAUAACCACGAGACUGAGUGACAUAUUCAGAUUGAUGUCCGAACUGCAGAGCACGUGUGACGUCGAGGAUUACACAGUGAACCAGAGCUCUCUAGACCAGAUGUUCCUAAGUUUCACGGACAAAGCUGAUAUGGAUUUGGACACAGUGGAGGUGGAAGAAAUUCCCUCCCCGGAGCUACUCAAGAAAAACAACGAAGACGACAACUGUACCUCUCUCUAGCAAACAAAAACUUUAAAAACAUGCACUGAAAUUCAGUUUAUUUAGGCUUUAGUGAGAUACUAGCUAGGUAGGUACUUUUAAAUUACCAAUAGAACCCAUUUUAGACCGAGUGCGUACCGAAUACAUACAAUACAAGUUAUAUGAAAUUUUACGUAUGCGUAAAUGUGCACAUGUCAACUAUACGAAACAUAAUCGUAUACACACACAUAUUCACUUCAUUCACGCAUAUUAUGCUCACAUAUAGGCGUUCUGUCUGAAGUGGCUUUAUAUAAGCCAUAGGUCUGACAAUUAGGGAUGCCGACCGUACGAUUUGGAGACGAAAAAGUAAGUAUCAUGGACUCUGACGUUCAAUAGCUGAAAAAGAAACCGGGAAACGCUCAAAUAAGAGAGAGAGAGAGAUCUUAAAAAAUGUAAUUGCACCAAAAUAUGUUUUUUUUAAUUUGAAAUUGCUCACCGUAGAAUCAUUAUUCAGUAAAUAAUGUUUUAAGAUAUAAUACUUUUGAAACGUAAGUCGACGUCAGUACCAGCCUGUGUGCAAUGUAUGCAACAUUGUCAUCAAAUUGUAAAUUGAACUUUAGAAUUAUUUAGCUGUGAAGCAACUCGAUUGCCCAACGUAGUUAGUUAAAGCGCUAUCAGCCGCACCCUAUAGCGCCACGGUCAUAUUUAUAUUAAUUGCAUAUUUCUUUUGUUUCUUUGCUAAAAGUAAAAAAUAUCUUGACAGAUUAUGCCACACUAGAUUAAAAAAAAAAUUGUAGAAAGUGUCAUAGUUUUCCAUAAUACAAUGUGUAAUUUUUGGUCAACUGUUAAUAUAGUAGUCAUUAAUUAAUUAAUUAUUCAUUACACAAAGUAAACCGUAACUUAUAAUGUGUAAUGGAAAAGUAUAAUAAUUUCUAAUAAAAAUUUAGUGUGGCAUAAUAUAUCAAGUUCAUUUUGUUAUUUUUCGCUAAGUAACAAAAGACAUUGAUAAAAAUGUGAUGGUGGCGCCAGUGUGCGGCUACGUAACGCCUCAAAUUCUUAUAAAUGUGCGUAUUCAUGGUGCCUUAAAAUAAAGUGUCUUUGUUGUUAUAUUUUAUGUGUUAAUUAAUUCGAAGCUGGCUCGCAAUAAUAACCAAUUUUGCUCAAUUCUAGACUUGAAUUAGUAAUUUUAAAAACUUAGUUAUUUUGAUAAUACUGUAUGUAUUGUGUGUUGUCAUUACAAUUCCAGAAAUUCGUUUAGCAUGUCAUUAUAAUAUUAUUGAAUUUUAAUUGAAAACAACUAUUAUAUAAUGCCAUAUUUUAAUGAAUGUAGUAAAAUUGCCAUUGUGUGCCUGAAAUUGAUUUUUGUUUUUCCGUAAUAUUAUUAAUCAGCAUAACAAAUUUUGACGUUACUUUAGAUGUAAUGACGAUUAAGCAUACAUAGAUGUAAUUAAUGUAGUUCAAAUAUAAUAUUAUGUCGUAUAUUUAGUAUUAAGAUAAUAAAUGACUAUAACAAAAAAUAUAUUUUAACCCGUUUUAUUCAUAAAAGAGUUAAAACAUGUUUUAAGCUAAAGUAUGUUUUGUCACUAUCGUAAUUUAAAAAAAAUUGGCAUAGACAGAACGGGACAACACAUUGCUUGAAGUAUGCUUUAUCUUUUUUAUGAAUAACACAAAGCAUCGUUUUUCACCAAAGUUACCAUCUUUUUGUAUACUAGUAUCCUCUCUAUAAAUACGUAAGUUAGAUCGCAAAAAACAUAUUUGACGUUCCACGAGAAAAAGUAUAUUAUGGAAUGAAGUCGCCAAAGGAGUUUCAUUUGCUCAUUUUUAUUAUAGACUAGCGACCGGUCUCGGCUUCGCUCGGGUAAACCCAUAAUAAUACACUUAAACCUUCCUCCUUCCUUCCUAAAUCGCUCUAUUUAAUAAAACUCGCAUCAAAAUCCAUUCUUUAGUUUUAAUUAGAUCUUUAAAACUAUGGAACGGAUUUUGAGGAACGCAUACAUAGGGACAUAGACAGCGGGAAGCGACUUUGUUGUAGUGAUGUGCACAACGCGUGGAACGUCAAAUAUAGACACAAUUUCUCGAUUCUUAUAUUUAUUUAUUUCUCUGUCGAACGUUAGAUAAUUGUAUCAUUCUGACAAAAAAAAUAUAUAAUUUUUUCCUGCGAAUUUAAAAAAUAAUCUAAUUUAUUAUAAUGCAAUACUUGGCUCUCGCACGAGCUCUGUGAUAUUUAGUGAUGUUUAUUUAGGUUUCAUUUUUUAAAUAAUAAUAAAAUAUUCGACGGUUAAUGGA